AUGUCGAAAGCUCAAGAAUUUUUAACUAAAAUAAAAUCAAAUAAUAACAUGUCCAAUGAAAACGGUUCCCAUACGGAUAGUGAUAUUGAAUCGAAACUUCUCAUGCCCUAUACGCAUAUCAGCCAAAUCUCAGGAAAACAAGGUCGCGAGAAGAUCGUCAUGGCUCUAAAUUACUGGCUGCCAAUAUCCAAUGACAAAAUGAAAAAAAUUAUUGAACUUCUAAAAAUGGUGCAUGUCGGAAGUUUAAUGAUUGACGACAUUCAAGAUAACACGAACAUGCGGCGAGGCGUGCCUGCAGCGCACCGCGUGUACGGGGUGCCUAUGACCAUUAAUGCAUCUUAUCACAUACACUUUGUAGCUUAUAACAAAGCCUAUGCAUUCGACCAUCGGAUACCAAAAAUAAUGUCAGAAGAGUUACUAAAAGCCUAUCGCGGUCAAGGCAUGGAGAUUUACUGGCGAGAUAAUUUCAUAUGUCCCACAGAGGACCAGUAUAAGGAGAUGCUACUACUAAAAACAGGUUCUUUUUUCCUUGGGGGUUACCGAUUAAUGCAACUAUUCAGUGAGAAUAAAACCGACUACAGUAAACUCGUAAAUAUGAUAGGAUGCUACUUCCAGAUAAGAGACGACUACCUCAAUCUAGUUCAUCCAGAGGAAUUAGAGGAAUGGCCGAAAAAAGAAGAUGCACAGGAUUCAAUUAAGGGAAGCAACUUCUGUGAUGAUAUAACUGAAGGUAAAUUCAGUCUCCCCGUCAUACAUGCGCUACAGAAGCCGCAAAGCGAAGAAAUACUCAAAAUCCUGAGGCAAAGGACUCGAGACGUGUCAUUGAAGAAGUACUUUGUGUCCCUUCUGAACACGCUCGGCAGCUUGCAGUACACUCGCCACGUUAUGGAAGAGAUGGACCGUGAAGCGAGAGCUAUGGUAUCAAAACUCGGCGGUAACCCAAUUAUGGAAGCUGUGCUCGACGAUCUAUGUAACUGGAAAAUCGAU